AUGGAUUUUGUUUACGACGAAGAAGCACUAAAUCAAGAAGUACCCAAGGAUAAAGUUGCGAAGAAGGAUGAGAAGACCAAUGAAGUGUUUAAUAAAUUGGAAAAUGAAUUGAAUUCCGUUUAUGAGAAGGCCACAAAGGAGAUCAAAAAGAUUGUCCAAGAGGAUGAUAAUGGUCUCCAGCUGAACUUACCUCUAGACCCAAAUACAUCUGCAAAGGCACAAAAGAUACUGAGUGACUUGGAUUCCGGCUUGGCAAAUGUGGAAAGCGUGGCAACUUCAUACUGGAAUAAAGUUACUGCUCCAACGUUUUGGUCAAACGUGACAGAACAAUUGAGUUCAAAACUAGAAAGUGUGGGCCUCAAUAAGCCUGACUUGAACCCAAUAAAAGAGAAUGAAUCGAAAGAAGGAAGCGUAUCGCUAUUAGCCGCUGGCAAUAGAACUGAAGCGGAACUAAAAAACUUGUCCUGUAAUAAACAGGUAUUUUUACAAAGAGGUUCAAAACCUUCACUGGAUGCUGAUUUUUAUAUUGAUUCCAAAACUGACGAAAUCUCACAGAUCUUGAGCAAAGAUAAAUCUUUAGAAAAACUAAUGAAUGAAAUUGUCCCGGUGAAGAUUAGCUAUGUAGACUUUUGGAACAUCUACUUUUAUGAAAGAGAUGCCAUACUUAAAAAAGAAGAAAAAAGAAGGGAAAUUCUAGAAAGAUCAAAGCAAGAAGAGACGCAUAACGAGGAUGAAGAAGGUGGAUGGGACGAUGAAGAAGAGGAUGACGAUAAUAUACACAGCGAAACAACGAAAUCGGAACCUAAUACUGACGAUUCCGUAGUUAUAGUAACUAAGGAAGAUGCUGAAGAUAAUGGCAUCAGAAACGAGGAGGAGGAAAAGGCUGCUAAAGGCGAUAAUGAAGAAGAUGAUGACGAUGAUGAUGAUGAUGACGACGAUUGGGAGUGA